GGGGCCCCGUACCUUGCUUGUCAGCGCACUCUACCGAACUCUAGUGCAUGGGUGGGGGGCCUUCGGCUGGACGAGGUUCUAGCUUAGGCUAUAAUUGGUAUAGUGAUUAUGCAAGCACUUCCAGCCGCGUUGUGAACACGAAAAAGACGCGCUUCGGCUGGGCUCGAGACGCGUUGCGUGUUACGGGGUAGUCCCCAUUAAUUCAAAUUCAAUUAAUUGGCCUUGAUUUGGUUUGGGCUUUUGCUGCGAUCCGUUGCCUGGUCCACCUCCCCGACUCUCUCUGCCUUGACUGAACUGGCCAUCCCGCAAGUCUCCCACAUUCUUCAACCAUCCUCACCCCGUGGCCACCCUCUUUUUGCACAGAGCCGUUGAUUGAGUUUCGGUCUAUACUUUUUGACCGGGAUCAUACCCAAUACCCAAGAUGAGCUCGCCCUUGCGCAGCAACAUGGCUUCCGCCAACCGGGGUCCUGCGCCCAGAGGCGUCCGGAAGCGCACCCGUGCCCGUGGUGAUGCCAGCUCUUCAGUCGCCGCGUCCAGCCCGAUGCCCUCAUCACCACCUGCAUUCGACAACAUUGCCCAUGGAGGCGACGAGGAAGACGACAUCGAGGAAGAGGCUGAGAUCCAGGACGACAUCGACGAGCUCGACGAGAUGGCCGAGGACGAGAUCGACCUCUUCCGCGAAGGCUUUGAGCGCGAUUACCGCGGCAAAGAUGACAACGAUGGCUAUGAAGGCAUCGACAUCGACGAUGACGGAGACUUCGACGAGAUGAACCUCGGCGACAGACGCCGACUAGAAGCACAGCUGAACCGCAGAGAUCGCGAGGUUGCUCGCAGGAGGCGCAUGCCCGCCGCCUUCCUCCAGGACGAGGAUGAGGAUGGUGACAUUGACCUUACUGCACAACCUCGUCGGCGCCGUCACCAUUACGACGAAGAUCCCGAUGAUGAGAUGGACCAGGAUAUCAUGGACGAGGAGCUGUCCCUCGAAGCACUGCAGGAUGUCAAGGCUUCCAGUCUGACCGAGUGGGUAUCGCAACCUGCUGUCCAGCGAACCAUCAAGAGAGAAUUCAAGGCCUUCCUUACCGAAUACACGGAUGAGAGCGGAUCCUCAGUCUAUGGUAACCGCAUCCGCACCCUUGGUGAGAUCAACGCAGAGUCUCUCGAGGUUUCCUACGACCAUCUGUCCUCCUCGAGAGCCAUCCUUGCCUACUUCCUGGCCAAUGCGCCCGCCGAGAUGCUCAAGCUCUUCGACGAUGUCGCCAUGGAUGUCGUCCUCCUACAUUACCCAGACUACGAGCGCAUUCAUUCCGAAAUCCACGUUCGCAUUUUCGAUCUUCCUGUACACUACACCCUGCGCCAGCUUCGCCAGUCUCACUUGAACUGCUUGGUCAGAGUCAGUGGUGUCGUGACUCGACGCACUGGUGUCUUCCCCCAGCUCAAAUAUGUCAAGUUCGAUUGCACCAAGUGUGGUGCUACGCUGGGUCCCUUCCAGCAGGAGUCCAAUGUCGAAGUCAAGAUCACGUUCUGCCAGAAUUGCCAGUCUCGUGGUCCGUUCAAUAUCAACUCUGAGAAGACUGUCUACCGCAACUACCAAAAGCUCACCCUCCAGGAGUCCCCCGGAACUGUGCCCGCCGGUCGUUUACCGAGACAUCGCGAAGUCAUCCUGCUAUGGGAUCUCAUCGACAAGGCCAAGCCCGGUGAGGAGAUCGAGGUAACCGGUACCUACAGGAAUAACUACGACGCGCAGCUGAACAAUCGCAAUGGUUUCCCGGUCUUCGCCACCAUACUCGAAGCAAACAAUGUGGUCAAGUCCCAUGACCAGCUGGCCGGGUUCCGCCUGACAGAAGAAGACGAGCACAAGAUCCGAGCUCUAUCUCGCGAUCCUCAAAUCAUCGACAAGAUCGUAAACUCUAUGGCCCCCAGCAUCUAUGGCCACACCGACAUCAAGACUGCUGUUGCGCUCUCGCUCUUCGGCGGUGUCGCCAAGAUCGCCAAAGGUUCGCAUCAUAUCCGCGGAGACAUCAACGUCCUCCUUUUGGGAGAUCCGGGUACGGCCAAAUCCCAAGUGCUCAAGUACGUCGAGAAGACGGCACACCGAGCUGUAUUUGCUACUGGUCAAGGUGCGUCCGCUGUGGGUUUGACGGCAAGUGUCCGCCGAGAUCCUCUUACCAGUGAAUGGACUCUCGAAGGCGGUGCACUUGUGCUUGCUGAUAGAGGUACCUGCCUGAUCGACGAGUUCGACAAGAUGAACGACCAGGACCGAACCUCCAUCCACGAAGCUAUGGAACAACAGACCAUCUCCAUCUCCAAAGCCGGCAUUGUGACAACUCUACAGGCACGCUGCGGUAUCAUCGCCGCUGCCAACCCUAUCGGUGGUCGUUACAACUCCACCAUCCCUUUCUCAUCCAAUGUCGAGCUGACAGAGCCCAUUCUCUCGCGUUUCGAUAUUCUUUGUGUCGUUCGGGACACCGUCGACCCAGCCGAGGAUGAGCGUCUUGCUCGUUUUAUCGUUGGAUCUCACAGUCGCAGCCACCCAACCACACAGAGUGCUGAUAGUUCCGCGGAAGUAGGCCCGGAAUCACAACUGGCUCGUGAGAGUCAGGAAAGCCAAGCCAAGAAGGAAGGCGAAAUCCCACAGGAGCUUCUGCGCAAGUACAUCCUAUACGCUCGAGAUCAUUGUCACCCGAAACUCCUCCACAUAGAUGAGGACAAGGUGGCAAGAUUGUUCGCUGACAUGCGAAGAGAGUCCUUGGCAACUGGUGCUUACCCAAUCACUGUUCGUCACCUUGAAGCCAUCAUUCGUAUCUCUGAAUCGUUCUGCCGUAUGCGCCUGGGCGAGUACUGCAGCGCUCAUGACAUUGACCGCGCUAUUGCCGUCACCGUCGACAGCUUCGUCGGUAGCCAAAAGGUCAGCUGCAAGAAGGCCCUUGCUAGAUCUUUCGCCAAGUACACUUUGGCAAGACCCGGCGCUGGUGCCGGCGCGUCAACAAGAAGGGGUGGCGCCUUGGCAAGGAGGACAGCCGCUGCCACGGCUUAG